GCUGAAACCACUCGGAAGUGAAGUAUAUUUUGGAAUGGUACUUGUGUUUAUCAGCGAUUUCGAUCGAAUUGUUUCGUCCCAGCUGUGGUAAAUUUAUAGAACAACACAAAAACAAUAGGAAAAGAUAUCUGUUUAUUUUGCACAUUGUUGAAUGUUACUUACUAGUGGUAGAUAAUGCAAUGCUUCUAAAUAUGUGAUAAUACCAGGCAUAUAAGAACGACUGUGCAACAAAGACUGCUGAGUUGUUUUAUGUCAUCUUAAAACAGAGCAGUUAUUAAAAGAAAGCCGGUUGGUACGCAUAGCACCCAUUGAAUUCGGAUCGGUCUCCUAUACUGAAACAACUGUGAACAUCAUUGCAGAUUAUUCUUAUCCGAUGAAUUGAACCAGCAGCCAAACUAAUCAUGCUGGACACAUUGAAGUUUUUCCUGUUCGUGGUUCUUUUAUUGAUUACCAUCAUCCUCAACCAAAACGUUACGUCGAAGAAGUCCGGCGAGCGAGAUCUCAGUCAAUUCUGGAAAUUGGAGAAUGCCAACGGAACACUUAAAAUGGAAAAUCUAACGCUACCAUCUGGAGUUUAUACAGCCCUUGAACAAGGCCUCAUCAUAGAAUCGAUUCUGGACUUCAAGAAUGACCUAACAACGAAGUGGAUCGCCCGUGAUAAUUGGACUUACUCGCUUGGUCUGCCGUGUGAUUUAGAAGACUUCAACUUCACGCAUGUUUUAUUAACUUUACACGGCGUUGACACUUUCGCAGAUAUUUAUCUGGGUGACACUCUAAUCGGUCAAACAUACAACAUGUUCACUCGUUAUCGCUUCAACAUCAAAGCGAAGCUGAAAUACGAGUGCAGGCAUUCCUUACGUCUGCGGUUGGUUAUCCGAUCGCCAGUAGCGGAGGCGGCAUCCCUAUCUGCUAACUAUCAGUCGCGAAAAAUAGUUCCCGAAUGUCCCCCCAAGGUGUACAAUGGAGAAUGUCACGUCAACCUUAUAAGAAAAAUGCAGGCCAGCUUCUCCUGGGACUGGGGACUGUCCGCGCCAUCCAUGGGUAUUUGGAAACCCGUGCGGCUUGAGUUUUACAAUUCUGUGAAGAUAAGAGACAUCACGUUCGCACUAUCGGACGAAGAAACUCACUGGUCUGUACUGAUAGGUGUUUACUUGGAAGUAGGCACCAGUCGCAGAAAAAUAAAUGGAACUUUAACCUUCAAGAUUCUAGGAGUGGAGAUCCCAUCUGAGCAGCAAAUAAUUGCCGUUGAUGAAACCAGCAACAGCUUCGGAGAGUUACUGGUGGAACAUAACUUAACGAUUCCGAGAAAGGAUGUUAACCUUUGGUGGCCAAACGGGUACGGUAAAGCCACAUUGUAUAAUCUAUACGUAAAGUGGGAAGACAGCCAGAUCAACAAUAUUCGCUUUCAUUAUCGUGAUACACAAAUUGCGGAAAAAAUCGUUCGAGUUGGGUUUCGCACUAUCAAGCUCAGUCAGGAACGGACCUCAGAUGGUUUGAUGUUUUAUUUUAUAGUUAACGAUAUUCCAAUCUUUAUGAAGGGCUCCAAUUGGAUUCCCUCGUCGGUACUGCCGGAGAGUUCUUAUGAUGAAAAUUACGUUAAGUUUCUGCUUUAUGCCGCCCGUGAUGCAAACAUGAACAUGCUUCGAGUUUGGGGUGGAGGCGUUUACGAAAGUGAUUAUUUCUAUCGACUAGCUGACGAGUUGGGAAUCUUAAUAUGGCAUGAUAUGAUGUUCGCAUGUUCAACUUAUCCUACAAACGACGAAUUUUUGGUUAACGUAGCAAUCGAAGUUCACCAGAAUGUGCGCCGGAUACAGCAUCAUCCCUGUGUUGCGCUCUGGGCAACGAAUAACGAAAAUGAGGUAGCGCUACGGCAAAACUGGUAUGGCACUAGACUCAAUGAGGAAGCAUAUGUAGCGGAUUAUAAAAAAUUGUAUGUGAAUAUCAUACAACCUGAGAUUUUAAAAGUAGACAAAUGGCGAACAGUACUCAUAUCUUCUCCUUCCAAUGGAGAUCGUAGUAUAGAAGAAGAUUACUACGCCAAGAAUCCGCAAGAUCCUCGGUAUGGUGACGUUCACUAUUAUAACUACGUUUUGGACGGAUGGAAUCCGAUAAUAUAUAGAGGAGGCCGUUUUAUUUCUGAAUACGGUUUUCAAUCGUUCCCUGCGUUCACGAGUUGGCCGAUUCGUGAUCUAGACAUGAAUGGAUUAGCAGACUUAAUCGAACAUCGACAGCACAGUCCGCUACGAAACGGACCAAUAUUACAAAUGAUCGAGGAAAAUCUACCAAUGCCAACAAAGAACUCCUCUAACUAUUGGCGAGAUAUUAUAUAUCUCAGCCAGGUGUCACAGGCCAUGAUAGUAAAGACCGAAACCGAAGUUUAUCGAUCGAAACGCAUCGAACAAGGUACGAUGGGGGCACUUUAUUGGCAACUCAAUGAUGUUUGGAUCGCUCCAUCUUGGUCAAGCAUAGAGUACGGUGGUAAAUUCAAAAUAUUACACUACUGGAUGAAGGCUAUUUUUGCUCAAAGACAUGUAGUAGCAUACAUCAACGCAAUGAAAAUGCUUGACAUAUACCUCAUUCGCGAUACGCUAGGACCAAAUGAAACGUGGUCUGUUGAAGUGAAAGUGCAGCGUUGGAAUAAGUUUAUGCCAGUUGAACAACUGUCCUACAACCUCAAUGUUUCGAAGAAUACCGUAGUAAAGUUAGGCUCGAUCGACAUUUAUGAUCACAUGAAUCAGAAGCAACUAGAUGCCAAAGAACAUAUAUUACUGAUCGAUGUUUACCGGAAUGAUAAACGAAUUGCUGAAAACUUUGUUUUCCUAGGUAAAGUGAAACAGGCGACGCAAAUAUCAAAUGUUAACGUAAAUCUGAACGUUGCUUCGGUGUCCUGCAACGCAGCAUCCAACAUUGUCAAAUUGAGCAUAGAAGUAACCGUAAACUAUCCCGCAGUGUUUGUCUACUUAGAGCUAACUCCGGAGAAUAGUGCUCUGAAGCAGUGUCAAUUUUCAAAGAACGGUUUCCUACAGUUCAAACCCAUUCAAACAAUCUACAUGCAGUGCGUGGAUAUGGGCUGUAAAUCCAAAAUACAGAGCAGUGACAUCACAGUACUUACGAUUAAUCAACUAAUGUUCCAGGAGGAUGUCUAAUUCGUUUUUGUAUUCGUGCCCAUGUCUUGGGGUUUAUAAUAAAAAUCGAAAAAUUCAAAA